AUGUCAAUCACCAAAUCCGAACUCGAAAACCUGCGGGACAAGUCGCUCAGCGCACGUGACUUCUCUUACUCGCCCUACUCAAAGUUCCGAGUCGGAGCUGUGCUGCUGACCGAGUCUGGAGAAUGGAUCCAGGGCGCCAAUGUGGAGAACGCCAGUUACGGAGGUGCUAUUUGCGCCGAAAGAGUGGCCAUCACCAGGGCUAUUAUGGAGGGACACAAGAAGUUCAAGGCUAUUGGAGUGGCUUCGGACCUUUCUGUGGUCUGCUCCCCAUGCGGUAUUUGUCGACAGUUCAUCAGAGAAUGGUCUACCGACAUUCCCAUCUAUCUCUUCACCAAGGACGGAAAGUACACGAUGCAAACCAUCAAGGAGCUGCUGCCUCUGAGCUUUGGCCCCGAGCAUCUCGAUACUGAAAAGGUCGAAGCCGAAACCGAGACGCUAUUGGAGGUCUAG